AUGCCCCCAAAGACAGGACGCGGCCGCAAGAUAGCUUCGGCCCCCCGAGCACAGGCUAGCGCCGGUCGCGUGGAAAAGGAGAGUCCAGCUGCAGGCCCCUCCAAAGCGGCCGCAUCGCCGGCGACCCGAGGCGGGCGCAAAUCGAGAGGAGGCAAGCGACCGGCGACCUCGCCUCGGAAGUCCAAUGUUCAACCCGGUGACCCCACCCCACACGGCCGCGUCCGUCGCUACAAACCCGGAACGGUCGCCCUGAAGGAAAUCCGCAAAUACCAACGCACCUACGACCUCUUGAUCCAGAAGCUCCCGUUCGCCCGACUGGUGCGCGAGGUCGCGCUCGAGCUGCUCCCUGCCGACGUGGGCUCCGAGUUGCGCUGGCAGUCGCAUGCCAUCCAAGCCCUCCAGGAGGCUGCAGAGGCUUUCCUAGUCCACCUUUUCGAAGACACGAACCUGUGCGCCCUGCAUGCGAAGCGUGUCACGAUCAUGCAGAAGGAUAUUCAACUCGCGAGGAGAAUCCGUGGUGUCUGGGGUGGUUUGGGCUGA